AUGGUCGACAGCGACGACGAGCCAAUAACCCUCUCAUCUCACGCCCUGGCCGCAUUGACCGAGUUUAACGCUGAAAAGGAUGCGCAUCGGGCCAGGUUUGAAAAGCUGCAGGCCAAGGCUGAGGCUCAAGGGCCCCUGUCGAUGGAGGCUUUCACCGAGGACUGGAAUGAGUCCCAGUUUUGGUACUCGGAUGAGGUGGCGCACGUCUUGGGCACCCAGUUGCUGCACGGCUCGACAAGCAGGACGGUGAUUGGGGUCGUUUCGGCCCCGAGUGUCUUCGUGGCGCUCCGCAACAUCUUGCGGACAUGCCAGGAGAGCGAACGGCCACGCCUAGUCCUUCUGGAGCACGACCAGCGGUUCAACGUCUUUCCCGAGUUUGUCUUUUACGACUAUAAGCAACCCUUGAAGCUGCCGGACGAGCUCAAGGGCAUUCUGGAUCGGGUGAUAUGCGACCCUCCUUUCUUAAGUCAAGACUGCCAGACAAAAGCGGCGAUGACAGUCCGGUGGCUCCUAAAGGCAGAAAGCAGCGAGCUUCCCCGUCCGCGCGUCAUUGUGUGCACGGGCGAGAGGAUGGAGCACCUCGUUACCAAACUCUACCAGCCCCUUGGCGUCCAGACCACCACGUUCGAGCCCAAGCACGCAAGAGGGCUCAGCAACGAGUUUUAUUGUUACGCCAACUUUGAAAGCUCAUCAUGGGCGUGGCGGCAGGAGCGCUUCUGA